UCUAAGCAAACAUGAAAAACGUCAGGRCAGAGAUCAGGCCACAUCAUGAUUCGUGUCCCCAACACUCAAGAAAUUACUGAUGCUGACCAGGGAACAGAUCAUACAUCUUAAGCUGUACUCAUUUAGAGACCAGYACCUAAAGAAACAGGUGAACAUGUCAAUCCUGUGUCAGGACCGAAGCGGUCGCUGGCAGGAUAUUCAGAAUGGGCUGCAGUUCAUCCAGUCAACUCUGCCCUAUCCUGGAACUCAGGAACGAUAUGAGGUGUUCAUUCAGGACCUUGUGAGGAAUCUGUUUGGUGAAGGAAAUGACGUGUUCAAUGAAGGGGAAUGGAUGAGAUCUAUAGAAAUGUACACUGAGGCCUUGAGCAUAGCAGAAUAUGCAGACUCGGAAGACAUCAGUGUACCUACUGGAACGUUGGAGAAGCUGUAUGCCAAUCGAGCUGCUGCUUACUUGAACAUAGUACCGGGUCUGCAUGAUGAAGCACUAGUAGACUGUGAGAAAGCUCUUCAAUUGAAUGAGGGAAACCAUAGAGCUCUUUAUAGGAAAGCCAGAGCCUUGAAAGAGAUGGGCAGGCAUAAAGAGGCCUAUGAGGCUGUAGCGAAGUGCUCCCUUGCAGUGCCUCAGGAUCCCAAUGUCAUACGAUUGACUCAGGACCUGGCCAAAAUGUUGGGAUUGAAAAUCCGUAAAGCCUAUGUCAGGAGUAAGCCUGCCUUAAAUGUUUUGCCUGGAUCAAGCUAUUCAGGUGCAUCCAAUGACAAGUCUCAUGGAUCUACAUCUGUGGAAGAUAUAGAAAUUGAAGUGAAUCAGCCCCCUCAGGAAACUGAUGGUCCAGACCCAGCCCCKCCAAGCCUAGACCCAUUGGCAGCCAUGAAGGUGCACCCCCCUCGGAAUGAGAGAAUAGAAGCUGAAUCCCCCCCUGUCAGCAUCAUCCCUUCUGUCUCYCCUGUUGAGGUUCACACCCCAGAGCCCAUUCAUGUUCCGGUGCCCCUGCCUAUGCCUACGUUGGUCAAUGGUGCCAGAGCCAGCCCUACCCAGUCUUACCAUAUGCCAAUGCAAAAGUCUCGCCCGGACUUCGAUGCGGAAAUUAUUGGAGAUGACCUGGAUGAUCUGCUGGACCAAGCUGGCCCCGGGCCCACAGAAUCUCCCAUGGUAGGUUCAUGGGAGAUUGCUGCUAAUGUCAUUCCCACCAUGAAGGGCCCUAUCCCUUUUCCAACCAGUGCCCCUUCAAAUUCCAUGUCUAGUCCUUUCCUUAUGCCAUCUCACAUGAACCCCUUUAUGCAUGUGGCAUCACAGUGCACAGUGACUCUGCCUCCUCCCUACCACAAGCCACAAGCCAGCGGGUACUCUUUAGGUCUGGACACCUUCGGGGUCUCCUCUCCAUUGGACUCACUGGAUAGUCUCUCCAUGUCAGAGGCUUGGAGUGUUGGAUUUCACACUCUAUACCGAAGAGCACAAAUGCAAGAAGGACAUAUUACUUGGAAGGAUAAAAAAUCAACCAGACAAGUCAUGGAAGCUGAUCAGACCCAGACCGACAAAAUCCCAGUAUGUUGGACCAUACUACAUCUGCAAAGAUGUCUCCAUUGGAGAGGGGUGCAGGUACCCUGGUCACUGCACAUUUGCCUACUGCCAAGAGGAGAUUGAUGUUUGGUCCCUGGAGCGCAAAGGCUUCAUCUGCAGAGACUUUCUCUUUGAUCCAUUUGGGCCCACCAGUAAGAUCAAUCUGACUGUCCCCAAGAUCCUACAGGAGCAUCACGGAAUAUUCAUGUUCCUCUGCGGGGUGUGUUUUGAUCACAAACCCAGAAUAAUCAGCAAAACCAAUAAGGACAACCCAUCUCUUUGCUCUCACCCCGUGACAAAACAUGCCUUUGAAGAUCAGAAGUGCCUGGUCCACAUUCUGAGGGAGAACACUGUGCGCUACUCCAAAAUCCGUCCGUARAGUCRGCAGAACCAGAUGGACAUCUGUCGGCAUGAGGUGCGCUAUGGCUGUGUGCGGGAAGACGAGUGCUUCUAUGCCCACAGCCUGGUCGAGCUGAAGGUGUGGAUGAUGCAGCACCAGCUAGGCAUCACUCCUGAAAAUAUAGUCCUUGAGGCCAAUAGGUUUUGGAACAUGGAGGCAGGCUCCCAAGGAUCCCUGCAAUUCACCACACCACUGAAGAGGUUUGGACCCCCAAAUCUGAAGAUGCAUUUUGUGUGUGGGCAGUGUUGGAGAAAUGGCCAAGUUAGUGAUGCAGACAAGAACAAGAAGUACUGCACUGCCAAAGCCAGGCAUUCGUGGUCAAAAGACAAACGAGUGGUGCUGGUGAGUUCCAUCGAACGCAAGAAGUGGACAACGAUCCGCCCUCUCCCAACAAAGAAGCCCAUCCCGUCUCAGUUUGAGAUUUGUAUGCACGUGUCUACUGGCAAAAAGUGCCAGUACAUCGGAAACUGCACAUUUGCACACAGCACAGAGGAAAGGGACCUGUGGACAUACAUGAAAGAG